AUGUCGACAAUCGGAAGAACGCUGACCAACCUGCGAAAGGUUGGAAUCAAGGACUUCUUUAAGCAGAUGCUGUACAUCGGUGAUACCAAGGCUGGUAUUCUCAUCGGUACCGAUCGCGCCGGUAACAAGUUCUUUGAGAACAAUGAGGAACUUCCCCUCCGAACACGCUGGGUCGAAUACGCCAAGCACGAUUACGAUGCUGCCCAUAUCGAACCCGGAUGGCACGCCUGGAUGAGCUACUCCGUCGACAAGCCCCCUAUCCAGGAUCCCUUGUUAAAUGCUGGUACACGAGCUUUUGAGCCUUCGCACGCCAUUCCCAACUUCACCCAGACCAGGGGUGCCUUCAAGACCUACAACACCGCCAAGCCCAAGUUGGCGGCAUGGCAGCCCGUUGCUGCGCCUCGGGAAUAA